CUCCCCCGGCUGCAGCCGCGCUGAGGCGCGAGCUAGAGUUCGUAAAAUCGCUCCUUAAAUCAGGCCGCAGCGUUGACGAAAUGAUGGCUGCAGCCAAUGCCGCCGCGAGGGUGGCGGCGCGCGCUGCGGAAGAAACGAAGCGCAACAUGCAAAAGGGGGAGACCGAGCUGACCCUGCGCGGUCUGCCCACCGGCGGUGAUUGGGACUGGCGCGCGCUCAAGAAGUGGCUGCAGAGCCGCGGGCUGGCGCAGCGCAGCAUCAAGUACACGGCCAAGGAGGUGGCGCUGGAUGUGGGGGUGGUGCGGUUCGCCAGUGAGGCGGAGUGCAGCACCGCUGCCGACCUGCUCGCCACCGCGGAGCCCCCGGUGCGCGGCACCACCGUCACCGUGGAGAAGGGCCUGGCGCCCGAGUACGCGAACAAGCAAUCUCGCAAGCGGGGCCGGGAGGGCGAGGAGGAGGCGGCUGCGGGCGGUGCUGCUGCUGCUGCGGGUGGCGGCGGCAGGGGGGUGGUGGGGGCCAGCCGGGGACCCAAGGCCCCCCGCUCCGUCCCCGACGUGUGCGAGGCGGUGUGCCCCUGGUGGCGGGUUCCCUACCCGCGCCAGCUCUCCGACAAGCACCAGCGCAUCGUGCUGGCUCUGCGGCAGAUCACGGCGGAGGUGGACCGCAGGACGUACGGAGCAGCCAAGCCCGAGUGGGUGCGCGCGGCUCGCGGCAAGGCCGACUCCGCUGCUGGGGGUGCGGGUGAUAAGGGCGGGGCCAGCAGCAGGGGCGGCAACAAGGGCGGCAGCGGUGGCAGCGUCAACCCCAACGGCGGUGUUGCCUCGGGUCUGUGCUGCCCGCUGCUGGGCAUCCUGCGCGCCCCCGCCAUCGAGCGCUACCGCAACAAGAGCGAGUUCACUGCGGGGCUGGACGAGGCGGAGCAGCCCAGUGUGGGCUUCCUGAGGGGCGCAUUCCAGGACGGCAUCACCUGCGUGGGCAGCCCCGCCGCCACCCGCCACACCAGCCGCGCAGCCGUCGCGCUGGCCGCCGCCGCCGCGGAGUACAUUCGGGGCGCCUCCGCCUUCCCUGUGUACGACAAGCGGCGGCACGAGGGCUACUGGCGCCUGGUGCUAGUUCGCGAGGGCAGCAACAAGACCUUCCUGCCAGUGCCGCAGCCAGCACCCGCGCCCGCGCCCGCAGCUGAGGAGUCGGCUGCUGCUGCUGCUGCUGGCCCGGUGCUGGAGAACCCCACCUUUGCCAGCUUGGACCCCUUCACCUACCUCGUCACCUUUGAGCCGCAGCAGCAGCCGGCGGCAGAAGCAGCAGCAGCGCAGGAGGCGGGAGCAGCAGCGGCGGCGGCUGAGGAGGGGGCGGUGAAAGAGGAGGUGAUGGAGGAGGCAGCAGCGGCGGCGGCUGAGGGCGGCAGCGGCGGUGCUGCCGGCAUGCACGUGUCUCAGGUGUCGGAGGCGGAGGCGGAGCAGCCCCCGCCGGAUGAGGUCAUGGUGAUGCUGCAGGUGAACCCCCAGUUCCCUCGCGCCCAGUCCGACCCCGCUGCCGCCGCCCGCGAGCUGCGCGCCAUGACCGCCGCCCUGCGCUCCGCCGCCUCCGCCGCCGGCCUGCCUCUCACUACGGUGCGGGUGCAGUACCACGCGGGGGUCAGCAACGCGGCGCCGUACGACGCACCCAUCACGGAGGUCCCCUCGGCUGAGGCGGUUGCGGCCGCAGCUAGCAAGGGCAAGGGCAAGGAGGAGGGGGAGAAGAAGGAGGUGGCGGAGGAGGCUGGUGAGGUGGAGGCGGCGGUGGUGGCGGCCUCGGGUCCGGGCUUCAUCCACGACUCGCUGUGUGAGCUCAAGUUCCGCAUCUCACCCACCGCCUUCUUCCAGGUCAACUCCCCCGCCACGUGUGUGUUGUACAAGGUGGUGGGCGAGUGGGCGGCUCCCUCCCCCGCCACCCUGCUGCUCGACAUCUGCUGCGGAACGGGGACUAUCGGCCUCACCAUGGCAGGCCGGGUCGCCAAGGUGGUAGGGGUGGACUCCGUGGCCUCGGCGGUGGAGGACGCGCGCGUCAACGCCGCGCUCAACGGCAUCACCAACGCCACCUUUGUCACCGGCAAGGCCGAGGACGCGCUACCGGGCAUCCUAGCAACAUACGUCGACAACGCCGGCAAGGGCGCGACCCAUGGGUCAUCUGCUGCUGCUGCUUCCACUACCUCGGCUCCGUACGACAACGUGGUGGCGGUGUGUGACCCGCCGCGUGCGGGUCUGCACCGCUCCGUCAUCCGCGCCCUGCUGGGCUGCGAGAAAAUCCGUCGGCUGGUGUUUGUGAGCUGCAACCCGGAUAACCUUGUGGCCAACAUCUCGGCACUCUGCUACCCGCCCGACAACCGCAGCGGCCGGGAGAAGGGCGGCACGUACGUGGCUCGCGGCGCGGGUGCCAAGGGCGGCUACAGCUACCAGCGGGAGGAGGCGCAGGCGCCCUUCGUGCCGUACACUCCCUUCCGGCCUGUGAAGGCGGUUGCGGUGGACCUGUUCCCGCACACCUCGCAUGUGGAGGCGGUGAUGCUGCUGGAGAGGUAGAGGGAGGAGGAGGAGAGGGAAGGAGGGGAGGGAAGGAGGAGGGAAGGAGAGAGGUGUGGCUUAAGAUGGUUGGGGG